AUCAUUUAGCACAUAUUAUACGACGCCAAAGAUAUUUCUGACACCAACCAAGGGUUUGAUAUCUCGGUACUCUCUCAAAAUGGCAAGUGGAGCUAAUUUGAAUACUGAACAACUCUAUGAAAAAUUAUGUGCUCAAAAGGAUUCAAAGUCAUUAUUGAAGAAAAACCUUACUCCAGAAAUUUACAAGGAAUGUAAAGACAAAGUUUCAAAAUUCAAGGGAAAAUUGGCUGAUUGCAUCCGAUCAGGAUGUAUGAACCCAGAGAGUGGUGUCGGAAUCUAUGCGUCUGAUCCCGAUGCAUACACAACCUUCGCCCCAAUCCUGGAUGCCGUCAUCAAGGAUUACCAUAAAGUUGAUACUUUAAAUCACCCACAACCAAACUUUGGUGAUAUUGCCAAUCUUGGAUUUGGGGAUUUGGAUCCUGGAAAGCAAAUGAUUGUAUCCACCAGAGUCCGAGUAGGAAGAAGUCACGAUAGCUUUGGAUUCCCACCAGUUCUUACAAAAGAGGACCGUGUUGAUAUGGAAAAAGUAUCAAAAGAAUGCUUAGCUAAAUUGGAAGGUGAUUUGGCUGGUGAAUAUUUCCCAUUAACUGGUAUGUCCAAAGAAACCCAGACAAAACUUACUGAAGAUCAUUUCCUCUUCAAUGAUAGUGAUAGAUUCUUACGUGAAGCUGGAGGCUAUGAUGACUGGCCUACUGGUCGUGGUAUUUUCUUCAACAAAGCUAAAAACUUUUUAGUCUGGGUCAACGAAGAAGAUCAUCUCCGAUUUAUCUCUAUGCAAAUGGGAGGCGAUUUGGGAGAAGUUUAUUCCCGAUUAGUUAAGGCUAUUGGAGCUUUGGAAAAAAGUGGUUUGAAAUUCGCCAAAAAGGACAACCUUGGUUAUCUUACUUUCUGCCCAAGUAACUUGGGUACAACUCUCCGAGCUUCAGUACACAUCAAAAUCCCCAAGUUGGCUGCUUCACCAGAUUUCAAAGAAUUCUGUGACAAAUACAACAUCCAAGCCAGGGGUAUCCACGGUGAACAUACUGAAUCUGUUGGUGGUGUUUACGAUAUCUCCAACAAGAGAAGAUUAGGUUUAACUGAAAUCGAUGCUCUCCAAGAAAUGAGACGGGGUGUUGAAGCAGUCAUUGCCCGAGAAAAGGAACUCGCUGGAAAAUAAGUUCAACGUUUUCAGUUAGUUUCAUUCUAAAAGAAACAGUAUUGUUUUAAGCUAAUCAGUAAACUUUGUAAAUAUAAUCAUGUGUUUUACUACACUUGUCCACAAUUCCACUGGUCUCUUAACAUAAAAUUGGUUCAAAUACUUCCCAAUUGUAGAAUUACAUGCGAAGAACUGGCAAAAAUUGUUAAAUUAUUUGUUUUGUUAACGAAGUUGUUUAGUUAUUGAUUAAAGAACAGAAUGUAGUGUGUAUAAAACCGUGAGUGUACAUGUUAAAGUAUAUCUUUAGAACCACUUGUGAUAAGCAUUACCAAUCCCUUUUGUUUUUUCUGAGAUCCAUGAAUAAAAUGUUUGAAAAAAUUA